UCAAAUAUUGUUUUGUAUUGGAUUUCGUUUGUUGUGAUUACGUGCGACAAUAAAUGUUUUAUUGACUGUAUUAGCUCUCAGUAGUUAAAUAUGUGAUUAGAGAUUUAAUACCAGAACAAAGUGUACGGCUAAACAAUGGAGACUACUCCAUUACUGACUAGACCCAAGAAGAAAUCAUUGUGGUCAAGAUGCAAGUUCACCAAGUUUCGCAAGAAAGAGUUAUGUUCACGAGUGAUUUAUUUGGGUCAAUUACCAGAUGAAGAAUAUCCUCCCAAUCACAUUUGUAACCAAAAAUACAGCCUAAUAACAUUCCUGCCACUGGUUCUGUAUGAGCAGUUCAGGUUUUUCCUGAACCUGUACUUCUUAGUGAUGGCGCUGAGCCAGUUCAUUCCAAGCGUUAGAAUAGGGUACUUGUACACUUACUGGGGACCACUGUGCUUUGUGCUCACGGUCACACUGUUCCGAGAAGCCAUUGAUGAUUUUAGGAGAUACAGGCGUGACAAAGAAGUCAACAGACAAAAGUAUGAGCGUAUAGUGCUAGACAGCACUGGAAAUGACUACCGGCCGUUUGUGAUGGAAUCUGUGCCGGCCUCGGCUCUCCGUGUUGGCGACAUUGUGAUGCUGCACAAGGGGCAGCGGGUCCCGGCUGACAUGAUCUUGCUCCGGACCAAUGAGACCAUGGGCACUGUCUACAUUAGAACUGAUCAGUUAGAUGGGGAGAUAGAUUGGAAACUGAGAAUACCACUGCCAUCAACCCAGAAGCUGCCCACAGAUGCUCAUCUCCUGGACAUCAAUGCCCAGAUCUUCAUUGAGAAGCCUGAGAAAGACAUUCACUCCUUCAUUGGUACAUGUACUCGGCUUGAUGAGGAGGAGACAGACUCCCUGGAAAUUGAGAAUACUUUGUGGAGCGGCUGUGUGGUUGCCUCGGGGCAGGCUACAGGACUGGUUAUUUACACUGGCAGUGAAACCCGUAGCGUGAUGAACAACGCGACCCCGCGCUCCAAGGUGGGCCGCCUGGACUUGCAGGUCAACGACCUCACGAAGGUUCUCUUCGUGGCCGUGAUCUUCCUCUCCUUUCUCAUGAUUGUGCUGAAGGGGUUCAACGGACCCUGGUAUGGGUUCAUGUUCAGAUUUGUGCUGCUGUUCUCCUACAUCAUUCCUAUUAGUUUAAGAGUAAACCUUGACAUGGGUAAAGCAUUCUAUUCCUGGACAAUCCAAAGAGACAAGAAGAUAGAAGGGACAGUGAUGCGAUCCACGACCAUACCUGAAGAGUUAGGAAGGAUACAGUACUUGCUUGCCGACAAAACUGGCACUUUGACUAAGAACGAAAUGGUGUUCCAGAAACUACAUUUGGGAAAUGCGCUGUUCGAUAGAGACAAUUUUCAUGAGAUAGAGACGCUAUUGACGCAGCACGUGACGAACCAAUCAUCGCCGCUGGCCACGCCCUCCGGCGAGCGGCCGCCGUCGUUUGUUUCCCCGCGCGCCGCCUGGCAGGUGGUGGCGGCACUGGCGCUGUGCCACAACGUCACCCCGGUGUAUGAGACUAGUGACGAUGUGGACGAAGCUCAGUCUGACCUGACGUCGUCGGUGAUGUCGGAGAGCUGCGGCGGCGCGGUCCCGCAGCAGCAGCUGUGCGACUACCAGGCCUCCAGCCCCGACGAGGUGGCGCUCGUCAAGUGGACUGAUAUGAUGGGCGUGUCGCUAUACAGACGAGAUCUCCACAACAUCUCUCUCAAGCUGCGCGCGGCCAACGAGCUCGUGCAGUUCAGCAUCCUGCAGCUGUUCCCCUUCACCAGCGAGACCAAGAUGAUGGGCAUCAUUGUGCAGGAGGAGACAUCUGGCGAGAUAACCUACUACGUAAAAGGCGCAGACGUGGCGCUGCGCUCGCUGGUGGCGUCGCCGUGGCUGGACGCGGAGUGCCGGCGCCUCGCGGCCGACGGGCUGCGCACCAUGGCGGUGGCCGCCAGGACGCUCACCAAGCACGAGUAUCUGGAGUUUGAGGCAGAGUACAAAGAAGCGCGUGCAUCAGUAACCGCUCGCAGCGCCCGCACCGCCGCGGCGAUGGCCCGCCUGCACGUGGGCCUGUCGCUGCUGGCGCUCACCGGGGUCGAGGACAGGCUGGCUGACCAUGUGCCCGACACGCUGGCUAUGUUGACUAAGGCUGGGAUUAAGAUCUGGAUGCUAACAGGCGACAAGCUCGAGACGGCUCUGUGCAUCGCUCGCUCGCUACACUUCGGCGGCGGCGGCGGCUGGCGCGUGGCGGCGGAGUGCGCGGGGCGGCGCGGCGCGCACAGACUGUUAGAAACUCUGGAUGAUGGAGAAAAUAUGGACUUGAUAUUAGAAGGAGACACGCUUGAGGUGUGCCUCCGCUACUACGAAGAAGAGUUCGUGUCAGUCCUCUGCCGCUGCGCGGGCGUGGUGGUGGCGCGCUGCUCGCCCACGCAGAAGGCGCGAGUGGCGCAGCUGCUGCGCGCGCGCGGCGUCGUCGUGGCCGCCGUGGGCGACGGGGGCAACGAUGUGGCCAUGAUACAGGAGGCUGAUAUGGGCGUCGGCAUCGAGGGCGCCGAAGGCCGAGCAGCCUCAUUGGCGGGCGACGUGAGCGUGCGCCAGUUCUCGUGCCUCGCGCGCCUGCUAUUGGUCCACGGCCGCCGCUCCUUCAUGCGCAGCGCCGCGCUUAGCUUGUUCAUUGUGCAUCGCGGCCUCAUUGUGUCUACUAUGCAGGCGGUGUUCUCGGUGGUGUUCUACUUCUCGUCGGUGUCGCUGUACCCGGGCUUCCUCAUGGUGGGCUACGGGACCGUCUACACGAUGCUACCUGUUUUCUCCUUAGUUUUAGACAGAGACAUUCCAAGCGCGUUGGUGAUGCAAUACCCGCAGUUUUACAAACAACUGACGAAAGGACGGCAACUCUCAUACAAACAAUUCUGUAUAUGGACCGGCAUUUCGAUUUAUCAAGGCGGAGUAAUAAUGUACGGCGCGCUGGUCCUAUUCGAAGACCAGCUGAUCCACAUCGUGGAGAUCAGCUACACGGCGCUGAUCCUGACCGAGCUGGUGAUGGUGGCGCUGACGGCGGCCACGUGGCACCGCCUCAUGGUGGCCGCCGAGCUCGCCUCGCUGCUCAUGUACACAGCCACGCUGCUCAUAUUCACCUCCUUCUUCGAUGCCGACUUUAUAAAACAUUGGGACUUCUGGUGGAAAGUUACAACAAUCACAUUGGUUUCCUGCUUGCCUCUCUACAUAGUUAAAUACAUGCACAAGAAGUGGAGCAACCGCCAAUACAAAAAUAUACGAAAGUCAACGUUAUAAGUUAGUUGUAUUUAAUAGAUGUCUUAUGUAUAUUGUUUGACGUGUGGAUUAUUGUUUAAUUAAGGCAACCCCACCUGUAUUAGCAAGAAAUCUUGAAAGUAUUUAUUAUUUAUCUAUGUUUAGAUAUGUUUUUAAUGUAUUAUGUCUUCGAAAGUUAAUGCUCAGUUACGUUGAAAUAUUUUUCAGAAUACCUAAAUAACACAAAGCUUUUUAAAAUUUGCUUUUUUAAAUCGAAUUUCAACACUAAACUUGUCUUGAAAACUCAUUGCUUGCAACAAAAAUAUGAAAUUACACUGUGAUUAUAAAUACAUAAAGUAUAGUAUUUUAUAAGUUUAAAUAGAUUUAAAUAUAAUAUAGGUAGAUGAGGUAUUGAUAUUCCAAGGAUAGGUAAAUGAUUAUGAUAAAGUUGAGGAACCUGCAAUACAUUAAAUAAGGUACAAAUUAUAUUUUUGUGAUAUAACUUUAUGUUUAUCUUUUAUCUGUAUAUGUUUGAGAAAAGUAAUGUUUAUUUCACGAGAUCUUUAAACGUUUAAAAGUAAUUAUAGUUGAAAAGUAAAAUGGUAUACAAGUUAAGUAUAAUUAUUGUAUGUUAUAUGCUUUCAUUUUUAUUCAAGCAUCAGAUCUCAGCAUUAAACUGAGUUUAUUUACUUAUGUUUAAGUUUAAGUAAAGUUAAGUAAUUGUAUAAAUAUAUUAUAUAAUAAAGUAAAUUCUUAAAAAAUCA